UUUUUUACUUUGGUACAAGAUGGUAUUCACAGGGCUGAUCCAAAGCGUCGGAAAGGCGGUGUUCGACGCUAAAAGGAACCUACUGUAUGUUCUGAAUAGUUCGGAAAAUUGGUCGGAUAUUAAGAAUGGAGACAGUGUAGCCAUCAAUGGAUGCUGCUUGACUGUGGUCGAAACGAAAUCAAACGUGGUUGUUUUCUUUUUGAUGGAGGAGUCUAGAUCGCUCGUCAACCUGGCUCACUUGACUUCGGAUGCAAAGGAUGAAAAGGAAAUAUUGAAGCUGUUGGAGGACCAGAGUUACGAGGUGUAUGUAAAUAUAGAGAAGUCGCUCAAGACAGGUGAGUACAUGGGAGGACAUGUUGUGUACGGGCACGUAGACGGCAUGGCAUCUGUUCUAGAAAUAAGUGAACGUGAGGAUGGUAGUCGUUGGAUUUGGAUAGAUUUAGGGACUAUACCCAACAGCGAAGGACUGUUGGUUCACAAGGGUUGCAUUGCGUUGGAUGGGAUCUCGCUGACAGUUGCAGAGGUGAAGAAGACAAGAAUUCGAGUGUCGAUUAUUCCGUACACAUUGCAAGUAACUCGACUGCGCUGGAUUCAAGUUGGAGAUUGGCUGAACGUGGAAUUCGAUCAGAUAUUGAAGCAGAAGUUGUGCCAAAAAAAGAAGAAAAUAGAGGUGGACAAGAAGUGGAUGCUACGGGCCAUUAAUUUAGGAAAUAGAGCAAGGAGCACAGCACCACCGAAUCCAUGGGUAGGGUGCGUGAUGACAGACGGAUACGGAAACUUUCUGGGUGAGGGAUACCAUAAAAAGGCAGGAGAAGGUCAUGCAGAAGUGAAGGCCAUAGAAGAUGUCAUUUCAAGAGGAAAAGAAAAAGAGUUAGAAGGUGCGACAUGUUAUGUAACGUUGGAGCCGUGUUGCCAUUUUGGGAGGACUCCACCAUGUUCUGAUUUGUUGUUGAAGUACAAGGUAGCACGUGUCGUGGUAGCAAUUGAGGAUCCGGAUGAGAGGGUUGCAGGAAAGGGGUUGAAGAAGCUAAGAGAGGCUGGCAUACAAGCAGAGGUAGGCGUAUGCAAAGAAAAGGCCAUAAAGUCCCUUACACCAUACUUAUACCACCGAAGGACGGGGCUACCAUGGGUGGUAUUAAAGAUCGCGAGCAGCCUGGAUGGAAAAAUCGCAGCGGCGGAUGGAAGCAGCAAGUGGAUAACGAAGAGCGAAGCCAGAAUUGACGCGCAUAUAAGGUUUCGAAGCAGAUCCCAAGCCAUUAUUGUCGGAAGCAAUACUGCCCAUAUUGAUAAUCCGAGUUUAACAACACGUCAUUUCGAUGCAUAUACAGAUUUGAAGGCAUAUAAGCAGCCAAUUCGGGUAGUCCUAGGUUCUCGAAUUUCCUUAAAAGGUAAUUUGUUAGAUACAAGUGUAGCGCCUACUGUCAUAUUUACGACUCCUGAUGCAGAAAUUGCAGAUGAGUAUUCAAAAUGCGUAGAAGUUUUUAGAGUAUCGCGUGGGGAAGAUGGACACGUAAGUUUCGAAGAAGUGCUACUAGAACUAGGAAAAAGGGGCGUUGUUCAAGCUCUGGUUGAAGGAGGUGCAUUUUUAGAAAGCCAAUUACUAAAAAAAGGUAAAAUAAAUAAGCUCGUUAUUUACCAAAGUCCCAUAAUUUUAGGCUCAACUGGUAUCUCGUGGAGCAAAGCUGAGAGAGAAAAGAAUAUUUCUGAUAAUAAAGCGACGCUGAGGCUAUCAAAGCUAUCACACAUAGAUGAUGAUGUUUGCAUAGAAUACGUCUAGAGUAUCAAAAAAAAUAUAUAUAAAAUUGUAAAUUACUGGUUCACAUCAGUACGAUUUAUGGAUGGUAUUCCAAGUAGCUAUGGAGGAUGAAUAUUUGUUUUCUCCCAAUAACAUAUUCGCAGUGGAGCCGUGGCUCUUCGAGCCAUUUAAAUAUGGUCUAAAGUCUGGAAAGGUCAAGCAAAUCAAAUCUCUUGAUGACUUUUCGGGUGGAAAAUCAUUAACUCUGAGCUUGUCUUGGUACUUUAUUGCUUUUUAUGGAAAUAACGACACUUUGAUCGGGUCUGUCAGCACGUCCAACGUGAAAUUGAGUCACGGAAACAGAGAGGGGGUGUUUGAAAUCGCCAACUCUGGUGUGAGCUAUCUCGUUCAAGUAACCUCAGAAGAGGAAAAAUCGCAAUGGAUCGACUCGAUCUGCAUUAUCCUGCAACUCCGAAAAAUUCCACAAUACCAUCCUAUGAUUACUUAUUGUAAAGACAUCGUAGCUCGUGUCAUCAACCUUCGUUUCAUCUCGUCCAACCUAACGCACCACCUGAACCGGGUGUCAGCGGCGUGUAUCUCAAUGCUUAUGGCCGUUUUAAUACAGGAUCCGAAAGAGCGCCAGAGCAAGGUCAGACGUGUCGUCAAGGAUUUUUCUAGAGAACUCGUCAACUUACGUGACAAAAAUCAGAAAUUCGAGUCUUCAUUCUACUUUCUAGAAGACAUGGCCGUUUCUAUACGAAGCCUUAUGGAGAUAGCCUUGAACGAAAAGAUGGACAUCACCUCUUUUUUCAAGGGUAGCAGCAGUCCAUCUCCGAACGACGGUUCGUUCGGGAAUUAUAUUUCGAUGCUGAACUCGUGUCCGUUUACAGAAAACUCAUCUGAUAUCGCAUCUUUCAGUCCAGGGACCCCGUAUCUCGAAGAUCAGUCGGUCACCUCUCUUUCAUCCCUCUUAAAAACGAUUGACAUGUCCGACGCACCGAUGAAAGAAAUAUACCUACAGAAGGAAAACGUUAUAGAGAGAACUAAAAGUAUCCGUCGCCUACUUCUUCAGGGCAUCGAAUCCCUCGAGAACAGAGACCGGUACCUUUUUCAAAUGGUUACCGCUCAGGCACAUCGAGAAUUUACUGAAUUACACGAAGGGAUUAAGGUCUUGGGUGGCAUCUUCAACUCUAACUUCACUGCUGAACUCAAAUCAAUUUCCACAGAUUUGCAGAAUCAUUGGGCGGACGCCAUUCAGCUUCUCGUAGGCUCUUUCAACUCUGAUUUGAAAGACACGUUUGUGUACUACAUUAAGGAAAACGUAUUAGAUAUAUGUUCUAAAAUAGCCAACUACGAGACAAGUUUUGAAAAUGUGAUGGCCACGGCUCUAGAAUACAUGAAGAAUGAAAAAGAAGCGAACUCGGUACUCGAGUUUUUUAAUUCUGCCUGCUCUGACAUUUCCUUCAAGCUGUCUUUAGACAGCAACCUUCUAAGAAUCAUUCAGCUACUCCAAAAAGAGGUACUAGCUCCUUGUCAGAAGUUUUUUCACCUUUCCAGCAAUAUGAAUAAAUCUCAGAUAGACAAUUUGAAGCAGACAUUGCUGAAUGCAAAAAGGUCGCUCAGUCAGAUUCGGAAGGAAGAGACUUCUAACGCGGCCACCAGAAUUCAAAAGAAUAGAAAUUUUAUUUCGAAUACGAUUUCUAUCAUUGAAGAAUUCAUAAAUAAUGUGAUGUCCUACGUCGAAAUACUGUCUGGAGACAAUAACACGUCGUUUUUAAGAGAAUUCCGUUUAUCGCUAAUGCGGCUGCAUGAAGGACUACUGCCUUUAUUGGAAGAUGCCAAUGAGGAAUCAAGUACUUCGUUCGCCUCGUCGUCGUACAAUAGAAAGAGUCAAAUGAUAUGCGGUUCGAAGAACCAGAACGAUUCCCUCGAUGAAGGGUCCCUCCCUCGACCAAAGUGGGUCUCGAAAACGUCGAAGUCGCUGGGAAGCCGCUAUUUUAUCAGAGAUAACAUCAGCAAUUCGUUUGCUUUUCUGAGCCACAACAAAAAAUCACCCAAAUUGGCUGAUUCGAUUAAUAUUCCAAAAACUGGAUCCAGAGAGAGUCCAGAGAGUUCCUCAUAUUCGAGUAAUGACACGAUUGAAACAAGAACAUCGUCCUCUGAUGGAAUUGGAAUUUCUACUGAAAACAAUAUCAAUGGCGAUUUAGAUACACAGGUCUAUUUUGUACCGAAUACGGCAUUAGAGCCACUUGUUUUACCGAAAUCGGCUAGUGUAUGGCAGGUGCAAGAAGGAGAUAUUAUGUACAUCACUCCAAAGAGUGAACGGAGCGGUGGGCGAGUCACAUCGGCUGAGAAUAGUUUGGGGGCGAGCAGGAUAUGCAAAUGUCGCUCAGAAAGCUCAUUCAUCACCGCAGCGGCUUCCUCUCCUGAUAUUUUGAGCCGAGCGUCGCCUCUUACGGAGUCACGCAGUAUGAGCAAGCUGAUGUUGAAAUCGUUGAGCAAGAAGCCUACCAAAAAGGAGGUGGCCAGUGAGGAGAUGCCGGGCGAUUCGCUGCUGUACGCAGCCUCGAUAAACAGGCUCAUUGUGAAGCUAACCAGCGAGACUGAGGUUGACGUGGCGUUCGUGAACUGCUUUUUGGCUACUUACAGAUCGUUCACAACUCCUGAAGAGCUUUGGAUUAAGCUGAUGGAACGGUACAACGUACCGCUUCCGUCGGUACAAUCUGGUCUGUUGUAUGAAAAGUACAACCAGAGCAAAAUUAUACCUAUCAAGUUGCGAGUGGUGAACGUUAUUGGGAAAUGGCUCUUAUCUGACAAGUGCAUUAGUCCCACCUUGUUGAAGCACGUUGAGCAUUUUAUUAAUUCGAACGUUGCCGCCGAUUUUCCGGGUUUGAAAGAAAAAAUACAUGAAAAGCUGAAGCAGUCGAUGGCGUACAAAGGUAUCCAAGAGGAGCUCUCGAGCUCCAUAGAAGAAGAAAGACACUAUGUGCUGAUAGGACGUGAGAAGUUUGAGUUGCAAGAAGUACAUGUUACGCUAGAAAAAAUGCAGUCGAGCGAGGGAAUCGUCCCUAUACAUCAGAUUUUGCUAUUUGAGGAGUCUACGGAAGCGCACAAAAUUGCGGAGCAAAUGACGCUGAUUGACUGGUGUAUUUACAACUCGAUCAGACGUUUGGACUUGCUGAACAAAUCGUGGCUUUCUAACGGCGCGUCGUCAGGAAGUCCGUCAUCCAAGGUAGGCACCAUGAUUUGGCGGUUCAAUCAGGUUUCUUCCUGGGUUGCCAGCAACAUUCUCUGGCAAAAGGAUAUUUUUAGUCGAGUAAAAGUCUAUUCUAAGUUCAUCAACGUGGCCAAGUGUUUGUUUGACAUUAACAACUUCAACGGUGCUAUGGCCAUCGUCUCUGGCAUCAAUCAGUCAUCCGUAUACAGGCUGAGGCACACAGCAUCGGAACUGUCGAAGAAGGACAAAUUGAUCCUGAAUGAUUUGAUGGAGAAGCUGAGUUCGAAGAAUUCGUUCAAAAAUUGUCGGGGCAUCAUAAAAGCCUCGACGCCGCCUAUACUUCCCUAUUUAGGCAUGUAUCUAACAGACUUGACUUUUAUUGAACAGGGAAACAAGGACAUCGUCAACGGGCUGAUCAAUUUCCACAAGAGGCGACUUGUCUACCGCGUCUUAAGGGAAAUUGAGCAGUACCAGUUGACGGCGUACAAUAUAGAACAAGACGCGAAAUUAUUUCCUUCUUUGCUAAAACUCACGACACUGAAAGAGGCGGAUCUGUACAGCCUCUCUUUAAUAAGAGAGCCUCAGGGUGCAGACAGAUCGACCAUCAGAUAAGAAGGAGAGGCUCGCACCCCGGGUGCGGCUGUGCGGUUAUAACACGAAAAAUAUUUUUAUGAUACGGUACAAAUCAUGUAUCACCAUAUAUGCCAUGAUAUAUAUAUAUACAUAUUUGUCAUGCACAAGCCAUUUUAUGUGUGCAGUAUGCGUCUGUCGUACACAGGCAAGUGCAUUGGCCGCGUACAAUAUCAAUUCGGGAGACAUAAAACUCGCGUAGUGCGCGUAUGUUAUACGUGUAUACACACACGUAUAUAUACGCGCACACGUACCUGAGAGAUAUCUCUUU